CAGGCAACAGCUCUAGCGCAAGCACUAGUGGAUGAUGAUCUUCAUGCGUAUCCAACGCAUCUAGAAGAAAUGGUUGCGACGCUGAAAAGAGGAAUUCGCGUAAUGGCUCUAACGAACCUGGAAAAACAAUUCCCGCACCAAGCACGGCGAGAGGCGCUAACCGAAGUGGGCAGAGGAUUUCCCACUAUGUCAAGACCAAACUCACUCAAGCUGUUCCGGCAGUACCUAGAUGAGUACGCAUCCACUACUUCGAAUGUGGAAGCAACGCUGGCGAUGGUGCCGCGGAAAAAUUGGGGGUGCAGUGACACUCUCAUGGUAGCAGCGAACCUACUUCAGCGAGAUAUAUUCGUCUUAGGCAAGGACGCAAUGGGGCAGAAAGGAUGGCAGUGCACG